AUGGCACGUGUGGCGAACAUUGCCCUGACAAGAUAUUCGGGGAAAAUAUCGACACUUGCGGGAAGCCAGUUUUGUCAAUUAUGUUGUACCAGGAGCUGUUUUGUCAAUAGGGUUUAUGCGUCUGCAAAUUACCAUGUUUCGAGUGUCAAUUCGCAAAGGAAACGAAAAAAGAAGCAAAGCAAAGUGGAAUCGCAGUUGCCCUCAAUUCUCAGCGAAGAAGGGGAGAAAGCCCUGGUUGAAUUUCAAAACCCCAAGAGUUGUCUUCACAACACCCUUUCCAUGGCGGUCAAAGAUGCCACAGGGAAGUACCAGUACAAACUGAAGCAGAAGGCUGGCGAUCCGGUGAAGCAGAGUGUACUGAGAGUGACAUGGCCAGAGGAAUUCACCGUGGUGGGCUUGGGUACCAAGCGAGUAGUGGCAGAGAAGAUGGCAGCUGCUCUGGCAUGUGCCAAACUGAAGGAGUUUGGUUUAUUGGACGAGAACAACAUGCCACGGAUCGAGGGUGAAAUAACGCACGACAAAGCUGAAAUCAAAGAGCAUUUCAAGAAGGAGAACGGACCAGAAUGGGUGAAGCUGGAACGGAAUCUAGAAGAGGAGAUCACCCAAGUCCUUAGAGCUGUAAAGUCACAGAGAGAAUCACCGGCCCUCGAAAGAACAACAACUUCCAGUGUUGAUUUUACAUCCGAGAGCUGCUUUGAGUUUGACGAUGAUACUAUUGAGACUGUCGAUCAGCUCUCCGAUGUGAUCACGGGAAAAACCUACAGGGAGUUAACACCAAACAGAGCCCAGUGGAAGAACAACUACCUGGCUGAGAGGCAACUGCGGCUAGACUCGGAUACAGCUGAUGACCUGGGAGUGGUGGACGUCAGAGCUGCAGCAUUGAAGUUGCCAAUUGCCAACAAGAGGAAGGAAAUCUUGGGUCUUAUCCGAGAGAAUCAAGUCAUCGUUCUAGAGGGAGAGACGGGAUGCGGGAAGACUACCCAGGUUCCUCAGUACCUGCUGGAGGAGUGGAUUCAGGAGGAGAAAGGGGCGCAGUGUAAUAUCGUUUGUACACAGCCAAGACGCAUCAGCGCUGUAUCUGUCGCCGAUCGAGUUUCCCAGGAGCGUAGAGAAACCGUGGGGGAUACCGUCGGUUACCAGGUCCGCUUGGAUAGUAAACUGCCACACAAUAACGGCUGCAUCCUAUUCUGCACCACUGGUAUCCUGCUGAAAAAGAUGGAGAGCAACCCCGGUCUGAAAGGUAUCAGCCACGUCAUCGUUGAUGAGGUCCAUGAACGAGACAUUGAUACGGACUUCCUUCUCAUCUUACUCAAGAAUCUCCUUCAGGUGAACCCAGACAUCAAGCUCAUUCUCAUGAGUGCCUCCAUCAACGCUCGUCUCAUCUCUUCAUACUUCAACGACUGCCCAAUGAUCAGCGUACCAGGCUUCAUGUACCCCGUUAAGGAACACUUCAUAUCAGAAAGAUCCCAUCUGACGGAUCCUGAUAUUAGUCACAGUGACAAUGUCGUAGAAGGAGAGGCUCAAGCAGGCGAUGAGGAAGGAUUUGAGCCCCGGCCGUUAACUGAUAUUGACCUGGCUGUUGAUGUUAUCAAACACAUCGAUGAGAACAAACCUCAGGGUGCCAUCUUGUGUUUUCUGCCGGGAUGGCAGGAUAUCAGAAAUGUGAGUGACAGAUUGCAGGAAACAUGGCGAAUGAGCAAUAAACAUUUGGUGUUGCCCGUACAUUCCAGCGUUCCACUCUCAUCGCAGCAGACCAUCUUUGAAAGCCCUGGUGAGGGUGUAAGGAAGGUGGUUCUAGCCACCAACAUCGCCGAGACAUCUAUAACAAUCAACGAUGUGGUGUACGUGGUCAAUCCUGGCAACCACAAAGAAGACAGAUACAAUGUCAACUUGGGGGUAUCAUGUCUGGAUGUACACUGGAUAUCGAAGGCCAAUGUCAGACAGCGUAAAGGACGAGCAGGUCGCUGUCAGCCUGGAGAAUGCUUUCAUCUGUUUACCAGGGAAAGAUACCAACAAUUCGAGGAUUAUCAAACGCCAGAGAUGUUGAGGAUCCCCCUUGAGCAGAUAGUGGUACAGUCCAAGCUACAUUUCCCGCACAUGAGAGCUGCCGAUCUUUUGGGCCAAGCCAUCCAGCCACCUCCACUUCCAGCAGUUGAAAAGGCCGUUGAAGUUCUACAGGAUCUUGCCAUUCUCAACAAUGAUGAAAGCCUGACUGCGCUGGGCGACAAAAUACUGGGGCUUUCCACUGAACCUAGACUAGCCAAGGCGCUUGUGCUCUCGGCAAUAUACAGGUGUGUGAAUCCGAUGUUGACAGUGGCUGCUGGCAUGCACACAAGGGCACCGUUUGUUGACUCCAUGGAGAACAGAGCAGCUAUCUUACGGGUUAGGAGACAAUUUGCAGAGGGUAGCCAGAGUGACCAUCUAGCUCAGGUACAACUGUAUGAAGCGUGGGACCAGGCCAUGUACUCCAGAGAUGUUAGAUCCUUCAAUGAUCAAAAUUAUAUACACCAUUCUACAAUGAUUUUCAUCAGAGGUCUUCGGCAACAACUGGCGGAGAAUUUAGCAGAUGCAGGUUUGGUGACAUCAUCCAAGGACUGUCUCCAUGGUUACGAUGGCAGCAGUGACCACGCCCAUAAUGAUCAACUCAUAAAGGGUGUCCUUUGUGGUUCAUUCUUCCCAAACUUGUUGAGGGCCAGACAAGGCAAGAUUGAAAAGGGCAGAAUGGCGUUCAAGAAAACGGUCGUCAAAGACAUCGAGUCUAACAAUGUGUUACUCAGUCGGAGAUCAGUGAACAACACCCUGAAGAACUUAAGCAGCCGCUGGCUGACAUACUUCUCAAAGGCAAAGGCAGAUCAGGUCUUCAUCCAUGAUACUUCCACUGUACACCCCUUGGCAGUUCUUUGCAUGACAGGAAGACGGGUACAUGUUAAACCAGUCUCACAAAGAGAAAUGCUGCGGCUCGAAGAGGAAGACCCCGGCUUAGACCCCAAUGCAGAGGUUGUGAAACUUGUCGUCAGUGCAGACAUCCACACAACCAGUGGCAGCUAUGCAGAGAGAACGCCCGUCACUUUCUACGCUACGUACGACACGGCUGUCGUGCUGAUGGGUUUGAUACGAGAAGUCAAUACCAUGGUGGAAGAAUGCCUCAAUGCUAAACGCAUCGAUGACUUGCCCCAGGAAGUGAAGACGAGACAUGAAGAUGUCUUGGAGAUGCUUCAGAAGAUUGUCAACAGCCCUCAGACCCCGUUCAUGGUGACGGCCGCCAGCAAGAAGAAGAAACAGAACCACAGAAAUAAUGACUGGCAUACUGCAAUGAAUAUGAACCUCACUGCCCGCUGGUGAUCAGUAAUUCCUUGCCAGGCAGCCGUCUCAGCGACUCCCGGAGAUUCAGAAGGAAACAGAAGAACAAUUUGUAACAGACAGUUGAAGUCAAUGGACCGUUCCGGCUUUCCACUAAGCUCCGCCCACCACUCGUGAGCAAGACAAGUGUACGAACACUCCCAAUGACAUUCAGCAUGAUUCUGCCGCGCGUGCCAAAUAUACGCGCACGCAUGACCGAGUUUGUCCGACCACAAUCAUUGCUGUGAUUGGUCAAAUGGGUGAACGCGCACAGUUUGCUUGAUAGGCCGGAUCAGUCCAUUACUGUAUGACAUGAAAGGUACUUGUCUAUGUGUGUAUGUCGGAUUUAAUUGCAAAUCUCCGGAACAGUGCUGAAGACCAUGUGAAAUGAGAAUAUGUACCCUAUGCAGCUCUCUGGCGUUCACAAGCAUCCAAGUGUGAAGUCAGGUGUUCAAGCUAUAUUACACCAUACAAUAGGAGGCUGUUGAACACUAGGUAGCAGCAGACUUACAAGGUCAAUUUCCAUUGUUUAAAGACAGUGGACACUGUUGGUAAUUGUCAAAAUCCA